GACGGAGAGGUAGCAGCAGCAGCAGCAGCAGCAGCCCUGGAGCCUGGACACGGUGCUGAGAUGUAGGCUGCCUUGUUCCCUCAAAUUCACUCGAAUCUUCCAACCUUGUCGUGUCUGCUCAACGAUAACCGGCUACUCUGUUGUCUAGUUGUGAUAUCUGGGUGUAAACAACAGCGAGUAUCGCCGCAGCACCUUCACGAGAAAAGUAUCUUGAUGAGUGUCCAAAGUAGUGGAAGUUUGGAGGGGACGCCAUCUUGGUCCCAGCUCUCCACGUCCUCAACAGGACUGUGUUCCCAGCAAGAUACCGCGGCGGUGGUGAAGGCCCAGGAAGGCACCAUGGAGGAGCUGCACAGCCUGGACCCCAGGAGACAGGAGCUGCUGGAGGCUCGCUUCAUGGGAGGGGUCAGUGGUAGCACUGGGGGCAGCACUGGGAGUGCAAGCGGUGGAAUCAAAGGUUUGGGAAAUAAUGAAUGUUCAAAUCACAGUUUUGGAAGUCUCGGUUCCUCAAGUGAUAAGGAGUCUGAGGGCUCUGAUGUGAAAAGAGGAAGUUCUCCAGCAUACUCGACUCCAGAGAAGAAGCAGUCGGAAACUACCAGGGGCAGAAAACGGAAACCGGAUAUUCAGUCUGAGUGCAGCCAAGGGAAAACGAUUGUUAGAGGACCCAAAAUAAGUGAUUAUUUCGAUUUCCAAGGAGGAAACGGGUCCAGUCCGGUCCGAGGUCUCCCGCCUAUGAUUCGGUCACCUCAGAACUCGCAUUCCCACUCCACUCAGGGCCCUGCAGGUCGACAAAAUAGUGCGUCCCCUACUAGUCUUUCUUUUGGUGACUCCAUGUCCUAUCCAAAGCAACUGGCUGUCAAAUUUGUUCAGACUGACCUUACAGUGUUAAAAUUAGCUGCCCUUGAAAGCACUAAGAAUCUCGACCUUGAGAAGAAGGAGGGAAGGAUAGACGACUUGUUGAGGGCAAACUGCGAUCUCAGGAGACAAAUAGAUGAACAACAAAAAUUACUUGAAAAGUACAAAGAACGCUUGAAUAAAUGCAUCACAAUGAGCAAGAAGUUGCUGAUAGAAAAGAGCACACAAGAGAAGCAGGCGUGUCGGGAGAAGAGCAUGCAGGACCGACUGCGUUUGGGCCACUUCACCACUGUGAGACACGGAGCCUCGUAUACCGAGCAGUGGACAGACGGCUACGCCUUCCAAAACCUUGUCAAACAACAAGAGUGGAUAAACCAGCAGCGAGAAGACAUCGAGAGGCAGCGGAAGCUCUUAGCCAAGAGGAAACCUCCAUCCUCCAGCAACUCCCAGACACCGACGCCAAACUCGGAGCCAAAGCAACGCAAAACCAAGGCUGUGAACGGAGCGGAGAGCGACCCUUUUCUAAAACCCAGCCUACCUCAGCUACUGACACUAGCAGAAUACCAUGAGCAGGAGGAGAUCUUCAAACUGCGUCUUGGACACCUCAAGAAGGAAGAAGCUGAGAUCCAGGCAGAGCUGGAGCGUCUAGAGAGAGUGCGCAACCUUCACAUUCGGGAGCUGAAGAGAAUAAAUAAUGAAGACAGCUCACAAUUUAAAGAUCAUCCCACGCUGAACGAGAGAUACCUGCUCCUGCACCUCCUGGGCCGAGGGGGCUUCAGUGAAGUUUACAAGGCGUUUGACUUGAUCGAGCAAAGAUAUGCUGCUGUAAAGAUCCACCAGCUCAACAAAAACUGGAGGGAGGAGAAGAAGGAGAACUACCACAAGCACGCGUGUCGAGAGUACAGAAUACACAAGGAGCUGGACCAUCCCAGAAUAGUUAAACUCUACGACUACUUCUCACUGGACACCGACACGUUUUGCACCGUCAUGGAGUACUGCGAGGGCAACGACUUGGAUUUCUACUUGAAGCAACACAAGCUCAUGUCGGAGAAGGAGGCCCGGUCCAUCAUCAUGCAGAUUGUGAACGCACUCAGAUACCUGAACGAGAUCAAACCUCCCAUCAUCCACUACGACCUGAAGCCAGGCAAUAUCCUGCUGGUGGAUGGCACAGCCUGCGGUGAGAUCAAAAUCACGGACUUCGGCUUGUCCAAAAUCAUGGAUGACGACAACUACGGCGUGGAUGGGAUGGAUCUAACGUCGCAGGGCGCAGGGACCUACUGGUAUUUGCCUCCUGAGUGUUUCGUGGUUGGCAAAGAGCCGCCCAAGAUCUCCAACAAGGUGGACGUGUGGUCGGUGGGGGUCAUCUUCUUCCAGUGCCUGUACGGGAAGAAGCCUUUUGGCCACAACCAGUCGCAGCAGGACAUCCUGCAGGAGAACACCAUCCUCAAAGCCACAGACGUCCAGUUCCCUGUCAAACCAGUCUCCAGCAACGAAGCUAAGGCCUUCAUCAGACGAUGCCUGGCGUACAGGAAGGAGGACCGGAUCGACGUCCACCAGAUGGGCAGCGACCCCUACCUGCUCCCCCACAUGCGACGGUCCAGCUCCUCCGGGAAUCUGCAGCUCAAUGCAGCUGGAUCUGGACCAGCCUCCUCCAGCAUCAUCUCAUAUUGACGAAGCUCGGACUGCGGCAGCAAGGAACUGACCAAGAGGCUCCCGCCGGGGCUGAGGCUCACCAGCGGGGAAAGGGCCGGCGGUCGGAAGGUCUCGCAUGCACGGCCGACUCGCUUCACGUUUACUUAAACUUGAAUCGUUGAGAGACAGCGAAGGGAUGAGUUUACUCCUUUCCACCAAGACGUGGGUUCUAAACCCUCCAAGGUCUGACAAAAGCACUGAAACUGACGACGUACCUUGAAGACAAUGUGACUGAACACUGAGUUUGGGGGCAAAACCAAGGCCCCUGUGACACAGAGUCCCCUCUGUUGAGAUGAAAUAACUCGAUCCUGCCUGCGUGCAAACGGUUGAGCUGCUAGAAGUAACUGUGAGUGGCGGUUAUGAUUUAGAAGUUUGAAAGAUUGGCAAACGUUUCUUUUCUACAAGUGUUAGGCUUUAAUUUGAGUUUGUUAGCCAUGAGAAUGUAAUGUGUAGCAAACCAGUAGGUGGGGGCAGCAUACUUAACGUCUAAUGCACAACAUAACCAAAUGUAGAAAAUGGAAAUGUAUAAUAAUCCUAUGCAGGGAUAUUAAUAAAGAGAAAUUGGAACGUAUAUACUGUACAGGUGAACUCAGAUUUUUUUUUUUUUUUUUACAGCAGUGAUGUGUACAAAUGCGUUAGAUCCUCCCCUCAUAGAACCAAUACUUUAUUUUGCUGCUUUAUGGCUCUUAUUUUUCAAGGGCUGUUGGUUCCAGAGUACAAACUGUACAGUGAGAGUGAAGAAUAAAUGUCUGGAUUUGCUCCCAGUGAAUAAUAAUGUUCAAUAAAUUGGCCUGUGCAUUCCAGUUCCUCCAG